AUGUCGCUUCACCGCAACCCUCCCUUCCGUGCUGAGCACCUUGGCUCGUUGCUCCGGACUGAUGAGCUCUUGAACACCAAGACCGCCUUUGAGCAGGGCAAGAUCCCCGAAUCGCAACUCGUCGCUAUCGAGGACAAGGACAUCAAGGAGGUUGUCGACGCCCAGAAGGAGCUUGGAUACCCCGGUAUCUCCGAUGGCGAAUACCGCAGACAUAUGUUCUGGGGCACUUUCUUCCCCGGUCUGGAGGGGUUCGAAGAGGUCAGCGAUGUCGACCCCGAUGUCUUCCGUAACUACGCCCCCGACGUUGCCGCUUUCCUCGAAGCCGGCCACAAGCCCGGUGAGAGCGUGAUUUGCACCGGCAAGAUCAAGCACGUUGGUAGCACCUAUGUCGACCAGUUCAAGUACCUCGCUAGCUUGGUGCCCGCGGAGGAGGUCAAGAACGUCAAGAUCACCCUUGCCGCCCCUAACUGGUACCACCUGCGGUACAAGGAGGGCAAGGCCUACCCCGCCGACGUGUACAGCUCGGACGUCGAGUACUUUGCCGACAUCGCCAAGGCGUGCCAGGAUGAGCUGCAGAUUCUGUACGACGCUGGCUGCAGGAAUGUCCAAUACGACGAUCCCAACUUGGCUUACUUCUGCUCCGACAAGAUGCUUGAGGGUUGGAAGGAAGACCCCCUGAAUAACCAAACCCCCGACGAGCUCUUCACCAAGUACAUCAAGCUCUACAACGAUGCGCUCUCCAAGCGCCCCGCGGACUUCCACAUCGGCAUCCACAUCUGCCGCGGCAACUUCGUCGGCUCGCGCCACUUCUCCGAAGGCGGCUACGACCGCAUCGCCACGAAGCUAUUCAAGGAGCUCAACGUCGACACCUACUACCUCGAGUACGAUACCGCGCGUGCCGGUGGCUUCCAGCCCCUCAAGGAACUACCCCGUAACAAGAACGUUAUUCUGGGCGUUGUCACUUCGAAGUUCCCUGAGCUCGAGGAUAAGGAGGAGAUGAAGCAGCGGGUGUAUGAGGCUGCGAAGUUCAUUGCCGAAGGGAAUGGGAUUUCUGUUGAGGAGGCGUUGAAGCAGUGUGGUGUUAGCCCGCAGUGUGGGUUUGCUAGUCACCGUGAGGGUAACGCUAUUGAUCGCCAGGGGAUGAUUAAUAAGUUGAAGUUGGUGCGGGACAUUGCUAAUGAUGUCUGGCCUGGUGAGCUGUAA